CCAGGGCGAAGUGGCGUCGAUUUAGAGAGUCCCGAUAAUGUGAUAAUCCCCCAAUUGGGAGAUCUUCGACUUUCGACUCGGAAGUCUGGCGUUCGAGGAUUCAGGAACACACCAUUAUCUCUAUCACUCUGGGAGUAACCACACAGGCUGGACGAUGCUGAAGCGUCAGACAUUUAUCUAUGUUCCCAUUGGCUGUUUGUUGAUGACGCGUUGUACGGAAAUACAAGGAGACGUUCUGUGACAGCCAAGCGUCAGUCGGUUGUAAAAAGGUAUGCAGCUAUAAACAGCUAUAAAUAGAUAUAUACAGGAUGUGGGUGGUGUCCAGUGGUUCCCCUGGAAGGUCCUCCCAUCUGUGGACUGUGGCUUUUCUCAUUCUGCUGCAAUCCUAUCAGAUCGUCCAGGGCCAUGUAGAAAAGGUAAACAAUCCCUUGAUUGGUCUAUUUUCUCCCAUGGCCAGUUUUAAAUCUUCUUCAGCCCUCAUCGUGGUGGAUGAGGGAGGUGAUGAAGAGGCCACAGUAGGGGAUGAGUUCAGUGAUGAAGAGGAUCUGGAAGUGUUUCAGCCCACUGACCACUGGCAGACCAUAAAACCCGGUCAGGCAGUGCCAAGAGGCUCCCAUGUGAGGCUGCACCUCCAGACCGGACACAGAGAUGUCCGCCUGGGGGCGGAGCAGAUGAGAGGGGAGGAGCAGAGGAGGGACCGGCCCCAUGAAGCAAGCCAGUCCUACUGGAGUGCUGAAGAGCUGAAACUGAAACUGAAGAAGAUGAAGGACUCUUCCCCAAGGAGUGGAGCUGCAUACCAACAAGAUCAGAACAAGUUUCGCUCAAUUGAGGAUUUGAGGAAAGACCUGGCAACACUGAACCUGCUUGUUGAAACCGACUUUCAGGUUAUUAAACGGCUGCUGGACCAAUUGAACCGGACCAGCAGCACCGAGCAGAGACUUCAGAUCCUGCUGGAGCUGGAGUAUCUGGUGCAUCAGGUGGAUAAUGCCCAGACGCUGUGCUCCAUGGGGGGACUACAGCUCCUUCUAGGAGGUCUCAACAGCUCUGACUUCAGGCUGCAGGACCGCUCCGCGUUCGUCCUGGGAUCUGCAUUGGCCAGUAACCCUACAGUUCAGGUGGAGGCAAUGGAGAGAGGAGGCCUCCAGAAGCUGUUGACAUUACUUGGUACACAGCGGCCCCUCAGUGUCAAAAAGAAGGCUUUGUUUGCGCUCGCAUCCCUGUUACGUCACUUCCCCUUUGCCCAGAGCCACUUCCUCUCCCAUGGGGGGCUGCAGGUGCUGUCAGAGGUGUUCAGAGAAGACCAGGGAGGAUCUGUCAGGGUCCGCAUCGUCACCCUGCUGUAUGACCUGAUCACUGAGGAGGAGCUGCACUCCAAGGUGUCCACAGACGAGUCACCGGACCGCCUGGGCCCGCGUUCCAAGGGGUCCCUGGACCUGCAUUCCAAGGGGUCCCCGGACCAGUGUUCCAAGGGGUCCCUGGACCAGUGUUCCAAGGGGUCCCUGCGUGCCGGACUGCAGGAGGGCCGCUGGUGCAGCCUCGUUCCAGAGCUGCUGGACUCUGCUGAACAUGACUGGAGAGAGAAGGGUCUCCAGACCAUGCUGGCCAUGGUCCCAGUGUGUCUGGACCAGUACCGUCGCCAUGGCUCCCUUCCUGUCUCUCUAGGCUCUCUGAAGGCUCAGUACCGGGACCUGGUUCACCAGGAGCAGGCGCUGGGAGAUGACGAAGGGUACUUUAGGGAGAUUCUGGACCUGUUGCACACCCUUGAACUCAAAAUGAAGUGAUGGUGCAUAGGUAUACAAAAUAUAUCAACCGUACCUUGAAGACCUGGAUGGAUGGAGGAAGGCUCUAGCCAGUGCCAAAGUAGGGUACAGACUUUGUGGAGGUCAAGAGGCCCUCCACAUCAUCCAGCACAAUGUGUUUGUUGUAAAUGCCAACGGCUAUCAAAAACACGUUUAUUGGAUAUGGAAUGUGUGUUCAACAGUCUCUCCACAACAAGCUGUUGUUGAAAUCCAUCCCAACAACUUUGUACCAGACAAGUUAAAGGCUCUAACAAUAA